AUUCAUUAGCAAAAAGGAGAGAGCCGUCCAGAUCCGGACUGGUCGAAAGACAGGAACAGACUUGAAGCAGGGGGAGAGCUCCUGGUGAAAGCAAGGCGUGGGGGUUUUACCAGGGGUUAGUAGCUUCCUCUUGCUAACUUUUUAUUGGGACAAAAGGCAAGAUGGCACCAUUCUGUUCUCAGAUAUUUGUCUAAAUAAAGCCCUUUUAAUUUUAUUUUAUUUUUGUUGUGGGAUUCUUAAGCAGAUAAGAAGAAAAGACACCUUCCUAGUGAGCAGCUGCCCAGCUCCUGCUCAGUUUUGCUUCGGGGUAGCACCUUCAGCCACAGAAAGCAAGCCGGUGAGUCUCUCCAGGUAGGACUUGCUGCAACCCAACUGCUGGACUGAUCUGAAACGGGACUUUGCAUAUUCUCCGAAGUAUGUUGAGUUGGUGCUGACUUCAGAGUUGCCGGGUGAAGAAAGAGAAGGUGGAUCGCAGAGACUAAGGGGAGAGGGAGAAGCCCUGCUCCUCUUCUCCCCACCAAGGCACAAUGAGCAACAUCUGUCAGAGGCUCUGGGAUUACCUAGAACACUAUCUCCCCUGUUUGUCCACGGAGGCAGACAAGUCAACCGUGAUUGAAAAUCCAGGGGCCCAUUGCUCUCCCCAGUCACAGAGGCAUGGCCACUACUUUGUGGCUUUGUUUGAUUACCAGGCUCGGACUGCUGAGGACUUGAGCUUCCGGGCAGGUGACAAACUUCAAGUUCUGGACACUUCGCAUGAGGGCUGGUGGUUUGCCAGACACUUGGAGAAAAGACGAGAUGGCUCCAGUCAGCAACUACAGGGCUAUAUUCCGUCUAACUACGUGGCUGAGGACAGAAGCCUACAGGCAGAGCCGUGGUUCUUUGGAGCAAUUGGAAGAUCAGAUGCAGAGAAACAACUGUUAUAUUCAGAAAACAAGACGGGUGCCUUUCUAAUCAGAGAAAGUGAAAGCCAAAAAGGAGAAUUCUCUCUUUCAGUUUUAGAUGGAGCAGUUGUAAAACACUACAGAAUUAAAAGACUGGAUGAAGGGGGCUUUUUUCUCACGCGGAGAAGAACCUUUUCAACACUGAACGAAUUUGUGAGCCACUACACCAAGACAAGUGACGGCCUGUGUGUCAAGCUGGGGAAACCAUGCUUAAAGAUCCAGGUCCCAGCUCCAUUUGAUUUGUCGUAUAAAACCGUGGACCAAUGGGAGAUAGACCGCAACUCCAUACAGCUUCUAAAGCGAUUGGGAUCUGGUCAGUUUGGCGAAGUAUGGGAAGGUCUGUGGAACAAUACCACUCCAGUAGCAGUGAAAACAUUAAAACCAGGUUCGAUGGAUCCAGAUGACUUCCUGAGGGAGGCACAGAUAAUGAAGAACCUAAGACAUCCAAAGCUUAUCCAGCUUUAUGCUGUUUGCACUUUAGAAGAUCCAAUUUAUAUUAUUACAGAGUUGAUGAGACAUGGAAGUCUGCAAGAAUAUCUCCAAAAUGACGCCGGAUCAAAAAUCCAUCUGACUCAACAGGUAGACAUAGCGGCACAGGUUGCCUCUGGAAUGGCCUAUCUGGAGUCUCGGAACUACAUUCACAGAGAUCUGGCUGCCAGAAAUGUCCUCGUUGGUGAACAUAAUAUCUACAAAGUAGCAGAUUUUGGACUUGCCAGAGUUUUUAAGGUAGAUAAUGAAGACAUCUAUGAAUCUAAACACGAAAUAAAGCUGCCGGUGAAGUGGACUGCGCCUGAAGCCAUUCGUACUAAUAAAUUCAGCAUUAAGUCCGAUGUGUGGUCAUUUGGAAUCCUUCUUUAUGAAAUCAUUACUUAUGGCAAAAUGCCUUACAGUGGUAUGACAGGUGCCCAGGUAAUCCAGAUGUUGGCUCAAAACUAUAGACUUCCGCAACCAUCCAACUGUCCACAGCAGUUUUACAACAUCAUGUUGGAGUGCUGGAAUGCAGAGCCUAAGGAACGACCUACAUUUGAGACACUGCAUUGGAAACUUGAAGACUAUUUUGAAACAGACUCUUCAUAUUCAGAUGCAAAUAACUUCAUAAGAUGAACACUGGAGAAGAAUAUCAAAUAAUGAAGUAGCAAAACAAAUUCAAAUAAUCCAUUCCAAAGUACAAUGUUAUCAACCAACUGCACAAUCAGUUUAACCUGACAUAUUCAAGUGAUAGGAUAAAGUUGGCCAUGUAUUAUGAAAAAGAUUAUUUGUACAUUUUAUUGACUGGGCAACACUGCAGGACAGUCAAGGUGAUAUAUAAUUUCCUCACUGCCUGGUAAAAUUAAGCACACUAAACGAAGUUAUUUUUCCUUUUAAGAGAUACUUACAUUUCCAUUUAUUUUUUGAAAUGCCGAUCAAGACAAUCAACAGAUGAUAGUCAAUUUUGACUCAGUGACUGUUGUAGCAUUUUCCUGUUUACUGAUUAGAGUGGUUAUUCAUUAUUCCUCAGAUUGCUGAAUCCCAUCAGGCUGUUAUUAUGAAGGAAUUUGAUUGCUUUGCUGCACAGCAGGACCUGUGCUUUGAGAUUUUUUUUUCUCUUUUAAAAUAUCCUGUAACUACAAUGAUGGUAAAGCCAUGUUAAAUGACUUGAUUGUACUCGGAGUAAUUGCACAUUUUUUUCUAUGCAUAAAAAAAUGAUGCAGCUGUUGAGAAAACGAAUUAAAAUCUUUUUCAUUUUGCAGAAGGAAAUGAUGGAAUUUUUCUAUACCUCAGUAUGUGUCAACUGAGAGUCAUAUACAUUAGUUUUAAUCUCUUAAUAUUGAGAAUCAGGUUGCAAAAUGGAUGAGUUAUUAUCUAUGGAAAUGUGAGAAAUGCCUAAUAGCCCAUAAAGUCUGAGAAAUAGAUAUCAAAAUAGUUUAGAAAAAUGAGAGGAGAACAGUAGGAUUGCUGUGGCCUAGACUUCUGAGUAAUUAAUAAAGAAAAAGAAGUACCCUUUGGCCUACA